AUGUCGACUGCUACCCGCUUAAAAGAGCUAUCUACAGCUCUCCACCAGAUCCAUCCGCUCGUCGCCCGCCUGCGCGAUUUCACCGCCGCCAUCGGUCAAGGCGAUGACGCCCGUCUCGAGCUCGGUGCGGAGAUCCAUUCGCGCCUCAAGGAGGCCGAGGAGGAGAUGGAGCUGCUCCGCAUUGACGUGGAGGCGAUCGAACAAACUACAGAGAGUCGAAGGAAGACGGUCGACCAGGACAGGGAAGCUGAGCGGGAACGGGUGGUUGCCUUGGCUGGCAAGUUGACCGAGGAGUUAAAGAGGACUCGAUCCGAUUUCCGCAGCGCGCAGUUACAAGCAAAGAAGAACGCCGAGGCAGCCAGACGGAAGGAGCGGGAUAUUCUCCUCUCCCGAUCCCACGGUGCGGAUGUGUCGAGGAGACAACCCUCGGAGAAGCUGACGCAGGAGGAUCUGAUGCUCAAUGCGUCGAGCGAUGUGACCUCCGCCCUCCGCCGGACACACCAGUUGAUGCAGGCCGAGCUGUCGAGGUCGCAGUUUGCACAGGAGACCCUGGAGAGCUCGACGGCCGCCCUCUCCUCGCUGUCGGAGUCGUAUACGGAUCUCGACUCGCUGAUCGCCUCGUCGCGCAAUCUUCUGGGCUCGCUGCUCCGCUCGCAAAAAUCCGAUACAUGGUACCUCGAGACGGCGUUUUAUAUCCUCGUCGGAACGAUCGCUUGGCUGGUCUUCCGUCGGGUUCUCUACGGUCCGCUGUGGUGGCUGGUCUGGUUGCCCUUCAAAUUGGUGAUGAGGGUUACAUUUGCGCUAUUGGGAACUGUAGGCAUCACGGGUACGGCGCUGCAGACUUCUGCUGGUACAGAGGUUCGCACUGCUACUAUUCUUCCGGUUGACGCCGUUUCCCCGGUUGAAACACUCCCCCCUGUCGAAGCACCCUUCCAUUCUGCAGAGGACUUCUCUGAAGAAAUAGAAGACCGGAUGAUCGAUCAGAUUGCGAAGAUGGCGGAAGAUAGCGCUAAAGAAGGCACCAAUAUAGACGACAUCUCACCGGAGGAGAGGCAGCGACAGGAAGAAUUGCCUCGCAACCCGAAGAAACGCAUGUUCGAGGCCGAGGCUCGUGCUGCUGCAGCAGCUGCUGCUGCUGCUUCGGGAGGCUCGAAACCCAAGACAGCCACCAAGGAGGAUCAAUCACAGCAUCAACCCUGGGUGGAAAAGUACCGUCCCAAAACGCUCGACGAUGUUGCAGCUCAAGAUCACACGACGAAGGUCCUUCAGCGGACAUUACAGGCUUCUAAUCUCCCUCAUAUGCUCUUCUACGGGCCUCCCGGGACGGGAAAGACAUCUACAAUUCUCGCUCUUGCCAAAUCGCUCUUCGGACCCGCGCUGUACCGGACCCGCAUCCUUGAACUCAACGCCUCGGACGAACGUGGCAUUGGAAUCGUGAGGGACAAGAUCAAGAACUUUGCGAGGACACAAUUGAGCCAGUCGACGGGGAUGGACGCCGAGUACCUGGCUCAGUAUCCGUGUCCGCCCUUUAAGAUCAUCAUCCUGGACGAGGCGGACAGCAUGACACAGGAUGCACAGGCUGCCCUCCGUCGUACCAUGGAACAGUACAGCAAGAUCACUCGUUUCUGCCUGGUGUGUAACUACGUGACGCGGAUCAUCGAGCCGCUGGCCAGCCGAUGCAGUAAAUUCCGCUUCAAGGCACUGGACAACUCUGCUGCUGGCGAUCGACUGGAGCAUAUCGCCAAGCUGGAGAACCUGAGGCUCGGAGACGGCGUGGUUGAAACCCUCAUCCGGUGUAGCGAGGGUGAUCUGCGUCGAGCCAUCACGUAUCUGCAAAGUGCCGCGCGGUUGGUGGGUGCGAAUAAGGCCCCGAAUACGAAGGAAGGUGGUGACGAGGACGAGGAAAUGGCAGAUGCAGGGGACGCGGAUCUCGUCACCGUGCGCAUGAUCGAGGAGAUUGCCGGUGUCGUCCCGGACAGCGUUCUCGACAGACUGGUUCAGGCCAUGCAGCCCGGGAAAACGGGCUCGACGUACGAGGCUGUUUCCGCGGUGGUGACGGAUAUCGUGGCGGACGGAUGGAGUGCCACUCAGAUCUUAGGCCAGUUAUAUAGACGGGUUAUCUUCAACGAUGCAAUUCCCGAUCUCCAGAAAAACAAACUCGUCAUGGUCUUUUCGGAGUUGGAUAAGAGGCUCGUCGAUGGCGCGGAUGAACAUCUCUCUAUUCUAGAUAUGGCCCUGAGGAUCUCCGGCAUUCUGGGCGGCUCUUGA